CGAGAAACGGGGUGCAUCAACGAUUUUCCGAGCGACACGCAGGGGCCCGGACACGGAAAUUUCAACGUCGCUUCGGCAAUUUUCAAAUCCGAUCCGUGGUGCAUGGCAAAAACCAAAAACUACCGAGUGGCAGUUGUUACAGUCAGCGACGGAUUUGAAAAUUAUCUUGAAAUUUUCUCGUGAGCCGGUCCUACUGCAAAUAGCACGUGCGGGACCAAGCCCAGCACCACUGAAGCAAGUCUACUUCGCAUUCGAAAUCGAAACGAUCACGACGAAAGCAGCCCUGCAAAUAGUCGCAAGCCUAUACGUGGCGGUACGCGCGGCCGAAGCGCAGGCGGUGAAAGAAGUCUUCUUCCUCCGCGAGGUCGAACAACAAGUAAGCGACGCGAUCCUGCACCCAGAACACAAACAGCCUCCGCUCGAGACCUGGCUGCAGAAAUACCCGAUCUUCUUCCGCCACUACUGCAAACUCCCCCUCUUCUUCAACGCCGAUGUCAAGCGACGCCGAAAUCUUCAAGAUCGAUCCGGAAUUCGCGGGUCACGCGCACACCCCUGGCGCACAACAAACCGCACCAAGCCCCGGGCCGCAUUCGACUAUGCAGCGGCGAAUGCCGCAACCGCUGCUGCCAGCUGGGUCAGCAAGUCAGCAGGGACAACCCGGAGCGGUGCCUGUGCACCAAGGCGGAAAAAUACCAGGAAAUCCGGUCGACGUGGAGUACAUGAAAAUGUGGUAUCCCGAAACGGCUGGCAAGAUUGA